AUGCUCUUUUCGUUGUUUCUUGCCAAUUUACUAGCGUUCACACUCGCCACAACUGAGUGGUGGGGCGACUUAAGAGCCCAUUUGAAUCCGUCUCGUCAAGCUCCGUUCUACGACGUCACCUAUGAUGAGACAGUUGCCGUUUGUCCGCAAGGUCUUCAUGCCGACGCGAUUCCCGAAUUCGUCUAUUUUGGCACAAUGCUCGCCACAAUGACCGUCAACGAGCACGAUCAAUGCCUUCAGAAGUGCGUUGAGAAGCCGCGAUGCAAAGCCGUCAACUUCUUCCAUCCGUUCGCCUAUCAGGAGAAGGGAUUCUGCGAGCUUCUCACCGAAGGCCAACGCGACAAUCCGAGCCUUAUGCGUCCAUUCCGCAAAGCCACCUACUACGAGAAGAUUCGGUGCCGCGAGCCGGAAGACGUCGAUGAUUUCGAUUCGACGGAAUCCGCGACCGUCUCAUCCGAUUCCAACGACAAACCAAAACCAACUAAAGAGGACGUCAUCGAGGACAAGCUCAGCAUGAGUUCACUCAUGAAGAAGCUCUCAGCAAAAGUCAGCGAGUUCAACAACGGCGGCGGUUUUCGCGCGGCUCGUUAA